CCAUGAAGAGGCUUCCCGCGCCAAUUUCAAAUCGCAGACCCUCCCUAUCUCAUCUCAAACGUCUUUCCCUUCAUGGGCCCUCCACUACGCGCCACAAAAAUUUCCCUCCCUCCGCUGCUUCGAAGAGUGACUCCAAAGAAGGCAGCUCUCAUUGGAAAGCAAUACUCUCCCAUCUCCUUCGAAACAAUGAGAUCGAUGAAGCCCGUCAUGUUUUCUCGAAAAUCUCUUCUCCUGACGCCCAUCUCUACACCAUGAUGAUCACCGGGUACGCCCGAAUCAAACGCAUUGACGAGGCUUUUCGGAUUUUCACUGAGAUGCCGACCCGAGACGUAGCAUCCUGGAAUUCUAUGAUCAAGGCCUGCCUGGACUGUGGAGAUCUGCAUCUUGCUGGAAAGCUCUUUGAUGAAAUGCCCGAGCGAAAUGUGAUCUCUUGGACUACUAUCAUGAAUGGGCUUGCACAGGUUGGUCAAAUUGAUGCUGCGGAGGGAUUGUUCUGGCGGAUGCCUCAGAGGGACACCGCUGCAUGGAAUUCUAUGAUAUCAGGGUACAGCAGCAAUGGUAGAGUUACGGAUGCUCGCUUGUUGUUUGAGAAAAUGCCGUGCCCCAAUGUGAUUUCUUGGACUGCGAUGAUUGGAGGGUAUGAUCAGAAUGGGGAGAGCGACGAAGCACUGCACCUUUUUGAACAAAUGUGGGCUUUGGGGAUAAAGCCCACAUCAAGCACGUAUGCCUGUGUACUGACGGCAUGUGCCAAUGUGGCAGAUUUAGGACUGGGUACUCAGCUUCAUGCUCAUCUUUCAAAAGUGGGCUAUCUUUCAGAUACAUUUGUUUCCACUUCUCUUCUUACCCUGUAUGCCAACUGCAAGCAUAUUGAGAACUCUAGCAAAUUAUUCCAUGAAAAUGGGGACAGGAAUUUGGUCUCAUGGACGGCUCUCAUAACUGCUUAUGGUUUGAAUGGUAGGCAUGAGGAUGCAUUGGAUGAGUUCAACAGAAUGAUUCUUUCUGGGAUCAGGCCGAACCAAUCCACAUUCACCAGUGCAUUGAACUCAUGCUGUGGAUUGGAAUCCCUUGAUCAAGGUAAGAAGAUUCAUGGGAAUGUAAUUAAGCUAGGAUUGGAUAGUGAUGUGUUUGUGGGAAAUUCUCUCAUUGUAUUGUACUCAAAAUGUGGGGACAUAGAUAACAGCUUAAUGGUAUUUAACAACAUGAGGAGGAGGAACCUGGUAUCAUGGAACUCUAUCAUAGUUGGUUGUGCACAAAAUGGCUAUGCAUUGUGGGCCCUAAAGCUUUUUGAUGACAUGAAAUCUAGCCUUGAACAGCCUGAUGAGAUUACAUAUGUUGGGCUGCUGACUGCUUGUAGCCAUUCUAGGAUGAUUGCAAGUGGAAAGCAAAUUUUCCAACAAUUAAAAGAGGAUCCUUUGGUUGAUGUGAAGCUUGAGCACUAUGCUUGCAUGGUUGAUGUUUUGGGUCGAUGUGGGAACUUGGAAGAAGCUGAAGAUUUCAUAAGUAGCAUGCCUAUGAAACCAAAUGUUGCAGUUUGGCUUGCUUUGCUUAGUGCCUGUAGAAUGCAUACUAACUUAAAAGUUGCUCGAAGAGCUUCACAGAAGAUCUUUGAUCUGGACCCAUAUAACAGUGCAGCUUAUGUUUUACUGUCUAACAUAUAUGCUUCUGCUGGUAAAUGGAAUGAUGUCUCACAAACUAGAGUGAUGAUGAGAAGUCGAGGAAUUGUGAAGAUACCAGGUUAUAGCUGGAUUACACUAAAGGACUCGAGGCAUGAGUUUGUUUGUGGAGAUAGGUCUCACCCAAUGACCACAGAGAUAUACAAAAAAUUGGAUUGGCUGGGAGGCAAACUAAAGGAGUAUGGGUAUGUUUAUGAUCGGAGGUUUGCACUACAUGAUGUGGAUGAUGAACAAAAGGAGGUUGUGUUGACAUACCACAGUGAGAAGCUUGCAAUUGCCUUUGCACUGCUUAGUACUGUACAAGGCAGCACAAUUCGCAUUAUGAAGAACCUCCGGGUUUGUGGUGAUUGUCACUCUUCCAUAAAGGUCAUAUCGAGGAUUGUGGGACGUGAGAUUGUCUUGAGGGAUUCAAGUCGCUUUCACCACUUCAGGGAUGGUUUAUGUUCAUGUGGAGAUUACUGGUAAUUGUUUGUGUCCUGUGAUUAAUGGAAAAGGCGCUAAAUCACAUGAGUAGUGUGAAGAUGCACAUUGGGAAAUAGCCAUGACAACUAUAACAGUGAUAACAAGAGUUAUCCCAUUAAAAUGCUGGUGGCAAGAAGCAUAGAUGUGCAUGAUUUGAACUAGGUACCAGGAGCAAAAAGUACCAGAAGAAGGUCCAAGAUCGCUAAACUUGGAAUUUGUGUGGCAUAGAAAGAAUAGAAAAGAGCAGCAUCUAGCAACAUUGCAAACCGAUGACUAUUACAAAUUACCUGGGAAUUCAAUUGAUUGGAAGAAACCUCCAAAACAAAGUGGUUUGUCGGUAGUGAUUCUAUGCAAAAGAGGUAUCAUUCUAGUGGUAGGAGUACCUAUAUGGCAUACCUUCUGUCAGAAUGGAACUCUUCUUGAUUGUCUAGCUCUGAUGGCAAGUCUGUGAUAAGAAGAAAAGAUAGCAAUUGCUGGAGUUGUUAAAUA